AUGUCGCUGCCAUAUGCGGGCGACGCCCAAGUUCCCGUCCAGCAGCAGCCUCAGCCGCCCGCUCGUCCACAACAGCCGAUGAAUUCAGACAACUUCCUGCCAGCAAAUCUGAAAAAGGAACAGGUUAAUGCCUGGCAUCAACGCUACCUACAGCUCAAGUCGCAGGGCGCGACCGAGGCGACGAGUCAAGAGCUUGCCCAGUUGUCCCGAGCCUUGAGAAUGGCUCAACUACACGCGCAACAGCAAGCUCAACAGCAGGCUCAACAUCAAGCGCAACAGCAAGCGCAGCAACAGCAGCCGACGCAGCAACAGAGGGCACAACAAGGUCAGGGCGAGCAGCAAGUCCCGGCCAGCAGUGUGAGCCAGGACAUGUCUUCGGUACCAAGUCAAACAGGCUCGGAUAUACUAGAUACACUGGGGUCACCCUUACCGAAAGACCAGAAGUUGACUUUAAGGAACCAGAUCGCUGCUUUCAAGUACGUGACGAGGAAUAUGCCGAUACCGUCCCAAGUGCAGCAGGCGCUCUUUGCGACGCAAGAGCCCGACUCCGUCCAGCAAUCGCCCGUUGCUGAGGCAAUGGCCGCUGCGAAAGAGACCCUGGCUGCCGCCGAUAAGGAAGAACCCGUGCCAGAGAUUAACAUUACUUCGCCAUGGACGUACUUCACGAAGCCGAUUACUUUCAAUGCACAUGCACAGAGAGAAAGUCGUGUUCUAGUACCUGCAAUUAUGCCAGUCGGUAUGGAUCUUGUAGCUUGGACCGCAGAGCGUGAGCAGGAGAUCCAGAACCGUAUUGCGCUUCGUAUUGCUGAGCUAGAACAGUUACCUAGUAACAUCACCGGUUUCGAAGGUGUGCGAGACCCAGAAGCGGAUGCGAUGAUGCCUGGCCCACCGAAAGACCCAAGCGCGCUGAAGACCAAAGCUCUGAUUGAGUUGAUGAAGUUGAGAUUGUUGCCGAAGCAACGCGCAUUGAGACAGAGUAUGGUCAGGUCAAUGGUUGAUUUGAAUACCCUUACAACCUCUGCCGACCGUGCUUCGUUCAGGAGGAUGAAAAAGAUGACUCUGGACGACUCUCGAUUGACCGAGCGCAUUGAAUCUGAGCAACGGUUGGACCGCGAGAAGCGUGAGAAGCAGAAGCAGCUUGACUACCUUCAGGGUAUCGUUGCGCACGGUCAAGAGAUCAUGCAGGCGCAGAGAUCCAAGGUCAGCAGGCAGCAGAAGCUGGGUAAGGCCGUCCUUGCGUUGCACAGUAAUAUCGAGAAGGAGGAACAAAGGCGACUGGAGAGAGUCGCGAAGGAACGUUUGCAGGCCUUGCGUGCUGACGAUGAAGAGGCAUAUCUCAAGCUUAUUGACCAGGCUAAGGAUACUCGUAUUACCCACUUGCUUCGUCAGACCAACACCUACCUAGACUCGUUGUCCGCGAAGGUCAAGGCUCAGCAGAUGGAGGCCGCUAGGAUGGAUCCAGGCCUGAUGGCCGAGGACUUCGAAGAUGACGAGGAGGAGGACGAGGAGGCUGCUGCAAGCAAGAAGCAGGAUUACUACGGCGUGGCACACAGAGUACGCGAGGAAGUCACCAAGCAGCCCAAUAUCUUGGUCGGUGGCCAUUUGAAGGACUACCAGAUUAAGGGUUUGCAGUGGAUGGUGUCUUUGUACAACAACCACUUGAACGGUAUCUUGGCGGACGAGAUGGGUCUUGGAAAGACCGUGCAGACCAUUGCGUUGAUUACGUACUUGAUUGAGGUCAAGAAGCAGAAUGGACCAUACCUGGUUUUGGUGCCUCUCUCUACGCUUACAAACUGGACGAACGAGUUCGAGCGUUGGGCACCAAGUGUUACGAAAGUCGUCUACAAGGGUGUUCCGCAGGCGCGUAAGGCUAUUUACGCAAACCAUAUCCGCCCGGGUAAUUUCCAGGUUCUGCUGACCACUUUCGAGUACGUUAUCAAGGACCGUCCCCAACUUUCCAAAAUCAAAUGGCUGCACCUUAUUAUUGAUGAAGGUCAUCGUAUGAAGAACACAAAUUCCAAGUUGACGCUUACGUUGACCACUUACUACUCGAUGAGGUACCGUCUGAUUUUGACUGGUACACCAUUGCAGAACAACUUGCCUGAACUUUGGGCUUUGCUUAACUUCGUUCUGCCGAAGAUCUUCAACUCUGUUAAGAGUUUCGAUGAGUGGUUCAACGCACCAUUCGCGAACACCGGUGGGCAGGACACUAUGCAGCUCAGCGAAGAAGAGACUCUUUUGAUCAUUCGUCGUUUGCAUAAGGUUCUUCGUCCAUUCUUGUUGAGACGUUUGAAGAAGGAUGUCGAAUCCGAGUUGCCGGAUAAGGUUGAAAAGGUGGUGAAGUGUCGUAUGUCUGGUUUGCAAUUGAAGUUGUACGAGCAGCUGAAGAAGGGUGGCAUUAUGUACGUGAACGGAGAGAAGGGCAAGGGAAUGAAGGGUUUGCAGAAUAUCAUGAUGCAGCUCAGGAAGGUGUGUAAUCACCCCUUCGUCUUUGACGAGGUUGAGGAAGCAAUUUCUCCGGUCAGAGAUGUUACGACAGACUUGUUAUGGCGUGUCUCGGGCAAGUUCGAAUUGUUGGAUCGUAUUUUGCCGAAGUUGAAGAGAACCGGGCAUCGCGUCCUCAUGUUCUUCCAGAUGACUACGGUCAUGACAAUCAUGGAAGACUUCCUCAAUCACCGUGGGAUGAAGUAUAUGCGUCUUGAUGGUUCCAGUAAGGCCGAUGACCGUCAGACCAUGUUGACGGAAUUCAACGCGCCCAACUCCGACUGCUUUAUCUUCAUUCUUUCUACGCGUGCUGGUGGUCUAGGGUUGAACUUGCAGACCGCUGACACUGUCGUCAUCUUCGACUCUGACUGGAAUCCUCACCAGGAUUUGCAGGCUCAGGAUCGUGCUCAUCGUAUCGGCCAAAAGAAGGAAGUCCGUAUUUUCCGUCUUAUUACCCAGAACUCCGUCGAAGAGGCUAUUUUAGCUCGUGCGCAGUACAAGCUUGAACUCGACGGUAAGGUCAUUCAGGCUGGUAAGUUCGACAACAAAUCUACUGCGGAAGAACAGGAAGCCUACCUCAGGAAGAUUUUUGAGCAGGAUCAGAAUGAGGUUGAUGAAGACGCGGACAUGUUCGAUGACGACGUGCUCAAUGAGAUUGUCGCUCGUAAUGACAACGAGCUGCAAAUCUUCAAAGAGAUGGAUGAGGAACGGAAGAUGCGCGAACCUUACGGUGAGGACAAGGAACUGGGUCGUCUGAUGGCGGUCGAAGAAUUGCCGGAGGAAUAUCAACAAGACUAUGUUGUUAUGGAGGCUGACGGCAAGCUUGCUACGGGUCGCGGAGCUCGAGAGCGUCAAGCAGUCUUCUACGAUGACGGAUUGACCGAAGAGCAGUGGCUUGACGCUAUGGACAAUGAGAACAUUGACGUUGACAAUGUUAUCCGUCAGAAGCGCGAACGUAAGGCUGCUCGUGACGCUACCAAACUGCAGAAACCCACCGAAACAUCUCCGGCCCCCAGUCUUCCCGAGUCUGAAGCCCCGAAGAAGAGUACCAAGAAGGGCAAAAAGGCAGGCGCCAAUAAGCGAUCUCGAGAAGAUGCCGAGGAGGAGGGUUCGCCCGAAAGAAAGCGAGGUCGUCAAGGCGAUAUGCUUUCGAAGGAAGAGCGCGCUUCUAUGCGUAAGACUCUGCAAGGCGCUUACGAUGCAGUCAUCAGCUUGCAGGAUGAAGGAUACGACCUGGCCGAAGUCUUCCUCGUGAAGCCUAACAAGAAGCAAUAUCCUGAUUACUAUCAGAUAAUCAAGGAGCCCAUUGCUUUGGAUAUGAUUCAGAAGCGUAUCAAGGGUACGGCCUACAACAGCUUGGACGACUUUGUGACAGAUGUGCAGUUGAUGUUCAGGAACGCGAGAACAUACAACGAGGACGGGUCCUUCGUCUACACCGCAGCAAACAAGCUUGAGGAUGCGUUCGAGGAAAAGCUCCAGGAGCUAGCUCCUGAUUAUGAGUACAAUCCAAAUGAUGAUUAUGCCGACAGCGGUGACGAUAUGGCUGCCUGAGAUACGAAAAUGAUAUUCGAGUAAUUAGAGGCAGUGUUCACACGGAGUUUUGGCGUC